UGAGGGGCGGGAUUUCCUUCAGCUUCAUCGCUGGAUGAUCUGUUGCAGCUCUAGGUGACACGUAACUAAAGGUGCGAUUAGGACUCUCUAAACUUCAGAUAAUUAGUAAAAACACAGUUUUUCAUUAUGUAGAAAACUUAACAGAGCUUUGAUUGAGCACGAGGACCGACUACAACCGGAUUUGUUACUUUUUUAAUCUGCUGAAUGUCUUUGGAAAACUUGGCAAAACGUGUAAACAUCUCAAACAUACGAGUCGCACGAGCAACUGUACGCAAUUAUAAUGUUUCAUGAGGAAUCUGGGAGAGGACGGAGCUUUUUCUAUACUGAAGAGUGAAGAGAAAAUAAUUCCCUGGAAAGUUUCUGUGGAAUCCGGGAGAGGAGGGAACAUGGGCAACGGCGUGUGCUCCAGGAAGCAGAAGAAGAUUUUCCAGUCCCUGUUACUGGUCACAGUGGUGUUUGGGAUGAUAUACGGUGGGAUGUUUUCUUACGAGAUGCACAAACAGCUGAAGAGGACAGAAGAGAUGGCCGUGAAAUACCAGCAGCACCAGGAGUCUCUUUCCGCACAGCUUCAAGUUGUGUACGAGCAUCGUUCCAGGUUGGAGAAAUCUCUUCAGAAGGAGCGUCUGGAGCAUAAAAAAUCCAAAGACGAUUAUCUUUUAUAUAAAAUAGAGGCUCAGCAGUCUCUCAACAAAGAAAAGCAAGAUUCCGGCGUCAGGUUUAAUUCUCUGCAUUCCCAGCAUCAGAUUUUGAAGAACCAGCACGACGAACUAAAAAAGCAGUAUUAUGAGCUACAAGAGCAACAUCAGCUGCAAGAAGAUGAACACAACAAGGCAUUAGAUGAACAUAAACAGAGGCUGGACCAGCUUCAUCAGACUAAAGAGUCAGAGAUUUCUAAGCUCAAAGAGAAUAUAUUUAACCUGCAUGAGGAGAACAAGCAGCUGAGAAAAGCUCAUCAGGAAGUCUAUGUGCAGCUCCAGGACACCAGGCAACAGCACAAGAACUUAAAAUCUACCCAUGACCAGCUUGUGUUGACCCUGGAGGACCACAAGAGUGCGCUGGCUGCAGCCCAGGUUCAGGUGGAUGAAUAUAAACAGCUGAAGGAAACGCUCAAUAAAAUGCCCAGUUUGAGACAUGAAUCUGCUCAGCUGGUCCAGAACAGGAACGCAGAGGAGCCUCAUCAACCCCAAGAUGCUCAGCCAGAGGCGGAGAAACAUGAUGAGGUUCAGAAGCCUCAGUCACAGCACAGGGAGGAGGAAGGAGAAAUGGGAGGAGCUGAGGAGAGGAGGAGAGAGCUGGCAGAGGAGGAGAUGGAGCAGGCCGGGCAGCCACAGAAGCUGGAGGAGGAGUUUGAUGUGGCACAUAAUGAAGCGGAGGAGGAGGAGCCAAAGGCCAACCAACCAGAUGAAAACGCACUGGAGAGGGAGCAACAUCACGGUCAUGAGGUGGCGCCAGCUGAGGCUCAUGUGCAGCACGUGCAGGUGGAGCGGGGGAAGUCAGCGUAUGAACAGCAGCGGGAGCAGCAGCGUCUGGCUGCACAGCUGGCGGAGGAGCGCAGACAGCUGCACCUGCAUCAGGAGGCCCUGCACAAACAGCAGCUCCAGCAGCAGAAGGAGAAAGAGGAGAGGCUGCGUCUGCAGAGAGAGAAAGAGGAACAGCAGAACAGAGAAGCCGAUCUCAAAGAGCAGCAACUCCAGCAAGAAAUGCUUCGGAAAAAGGCACAGUAUGAAAACAUGGAUGCUGAUAUAGUCCAGGGAGAAGAAGAGCCACAGACAGCUGAGGAGAAAGAGGUGAAUGUGCACCAUGAGGAGGCGAGGCAAGAUGAAGCAGACCACGUUCAUCGUGAAGAUGAGCGACCUGUAGAAGCGGAAGUUGAUCCGGAGAAUGACCCCAACAACCAGGGUGAGGAUGAGUUUGAGGAGGCGGAGCAUCAGCAGCCUCAUGAGGAAGAGGAGGAGGAAGAGGUGGCACCCGUUGGCCACCCUGACAUGCAUCUGGCUGUAGAGAAUCAGCACCAGCCGCCCGCCGAAGAACAGCUGGUGAUGGCUGGAAACCCAGACCAACAGGAAGAUGCUCUGGAUGAGCAGUACCAGGAAGAUGGAGAUGAUGAGGCUCAGGAUGAGCUGGUGGAUAAUCAGAAGCGUGAGGCAGUGCGGGAGGAAGAGGGAGACCCGUAUAAUGAGGAGAAUGGAGAACAGGAAGAGGCCAGAGAUCAGGAUUUAGCGGUGAAGCAGGAUAAUCAGCCCGCCCAACGUCCCAAUGAGGAGAACUACGAAGAAGAAGAAGAGGUGGAGGAAGACGGCAACGGUGAUAAACCGCCCGGUCGCAGGGCAGAAAUGUGAGGUGAUUGAAAGCAAGGACAGCCAAUCGCUGCUACCUGUUUGGAUUGGGUUUCCCACCCCGUCGUCUUAAACAUUGUGCCGGAAACGGUUCUGUUGGGUUGUUCUGAUGAACAGGAAACAGGUUUCACUUCUGGUCUGCGUGACACUGAAACCGAGAUGCACCAAAAUGCCCAACCACUUACAGACAAACGUUCUGCUGUCUGCCUUUACUGUACAUCUGUCUGUCAUUUCUUGUGAGUAAGUUCAAGAAUGCUCUUAUAUCUUGUGUUUGAUUUCUUCGACUGGACGACAAAUCUGAAAGCACAGAUUUCAACCACCAGAGAGUCUGCACUGAAAGUUUUGCCAAGUGCCUUUUUUGAUCACUCGUGCUCCACAUUCAAGAUACAUUCAAUCUUUAAAAUAAAACAGCCUUAUUU